AAAUAUUUUCAAUAAAACUGCAUAGCAUUAUUAAAUGUAAUAGAGGUAACCAUUUUGUCAUGUUCACUAGUUUAGCUUUUUGAACCGACAAGGGCAACGUUCUAUUAUUUUCCUAUAUUUUAAUUUUUAGCUUUUAAUAAUAAAUAAGGACAAUCAUUGAAAAAAAAAAUAAUAAAACACAUACUUCUUUUCUAAGAAAAUAUGAAAACUAACAGAUAUAAAUUUUUAAAGUAUUCACAAUAUCAAAUUUCUCAUAAACAAAUAUAUAUAUUUAAGUAAGGAGAAAAUUCAUUUUUGUUAUUGCAAAUUCAAAUUUAUCAGAAACACAUAUAUUAAUAAAUCUAAAUAUAUAUAACAAUAAAUCAACUAUCUUUUUUUAAAAAAGGGUUGUAUUGCAGAGAAAUAACAGUACAAAACGAGAGGGGAGACUAUACCAAUACUCUCUCAAGAUCAACCAAAUCUAAUCUCUAAGUUGUAUUUUUAUUCAUAAAUAUUGACAAUGUUAUAAUAAUAAGUAAUUAUUAUUACUACUAUUUUGAAAUACUAAUGAAUAGUGUAUACAUAAUUUUUCAAACAAUUAACAGUAACAUGUAUAGUAGUAGCCAAUAUCAUAACACUAUAUAUAUCACCCCUUGGUAUAUGAAAGGUAACAACACCAAUCCUUUCUACGAGAAACAAUAUACUACCAGUCUCUUUUAUCUCUCUGUAUUUAGUAUUCUUAACAUGUUAUCAGCACGAUGGUUCUAUCAGAAGUUUCCAGCAUACUAGAUAAAAUCAUGUCAAAUCUUAAGCAUCAAUUCAGGAUUCUAAGCAUAACUGGGGACAACUUCAUAACCUAGAACAACAAUUUAAUAGAGUACCUUACAUGUGAAGGACUUAACAAAAUUCUUGAAGGAGAGAAUUCUGGAAAAUCGACAGACGAUCCAGAUGAAAUGGAAAAGAGAAAGUCAAAAGUAAACAGAAUAAUCAAGCAUCAUCUUGAUGAUGGAUUGCAAACAGAAUAUUCAAAUGCUAAAGAUCCCAAAAUUUUAUGGGACAAAAUUAAAGCAAGAUUUAGACAUCAGAAGAAAGUCCUGUUACCCUCAUUAGUGGAUCAAUGGAACAAGUUAUGGUUCCAAGAUUAUAAAACUGUCAUUGCGUAUAAUUCUGCUAUGCACCAAAUUAUAUCACGGCUAGAAAUUUGUGGCAAAAUUAUAUUUAAAAAAAAAAUUUAGAAAAAACAUUUUCGACUUUCCAUGCAUCUCAGAUAUUAUUGCAACAACAAUAUAGAAUGAGAGAAUACACUGAGUAUUUUGAUUUAGUUGCAGCCCUUCUAGUGGCAGAACAAAAUAACGAGCUCCUAAUAAAAAACCAUCAGGCACGGCCCACGGGAACAAUGCCAUACCCUAAAACUAAUGCCACGACCUUUAAUCGUGGGGUUGGUGGAUUUAAUCGUCUUAAGAGACGUGGUGGUCAUGUUCGUUUUGAUGGUAAUAAUGGUCAUGGUCAUUUUGAUAGUCACAAUCAAGGAGGAUAUCAUGGUCGAAACCUUUUCCACGGUCGAAACCAUUUUCGUGGUAGAGGACGUGGCCGAGGUCAUGUGAAUAGUUAUAGAUCCCUCAGAUAUGACCAAAAUAAUUGGAAUCGCAAAGGAAAGGGUAAGUAUAUUCAAGAAGGUCCUUCAUGGAAUUAUGAGGAUAUAUGUUACAGAUGCGGAAAGAAAGACCAUUGGUCUAAGGUGUGUAGAACACCAGAACAUUUGUGUAAAAGGCAAAUGGCAUAUGUUGAUGAAAAGGGAAAAGAACUAAAUUUUAAUGAGACUGAACCCAGAAAUGAUAAUCCCUAUUUUGAAACUGCCGACUUUGUUGGAGAUGAAACAGAUUAAGUAACUUUUUAAAAUAUGUAUUUGAAUAAUGU